CGGGUGUUAUUUAUCAUCCAAAAUUAUUUUUAAUGAGUUAACAGUUCUUCUUUUUGUUCUACGGGCAUCUUGGCGUCUUCUAAAAAAUUGUAAAUAGCGAAACUGUACGCCAGACAUCAUAAAACGUCAAUUUUUGGAGCAAAUAUUUGCUUUUUUUGGGGAACAAUAUGGUACCGAGUAGCAGAACACUUUUUCAAACAACAAUUUUUCUGAUAAUCUUCACAUAUUGUCACAUCGAUGCGAACAGUAAUAAAAGCGAGACAAGGGUGAUAGAACGAUUGGGCCUCUACUCGGAUAGUCAAUAUGUUAUAUCGCUCACGGUACACACACUGAAGCCAUCAAUUUACGACAAAAAUUAUGCAUCACUUGUCGAGUUUUACAACUCCUUCUGUGGGCAUUGUAAGCGAUUUGCUCCAAUUUACAAUCAAAUUGCCGCAAAUGUGUCUCUUUGGUAUCCGGAUAUCCUGCAAGUUGUUGCCCUCGAUUGUUCUGUGGAAGAAAACUCCGAUACGUGUCGCGAAUUCGAAGUUAUGGCAUAUCCAACGUUGCGAUAUUUCCCGCCGCAUUACAAACAAGGCGAAAAAACGCUCGGAAAUCCUUUGGAGAAAUUAGAUCCGGCGAAGAUAAUCGAUGACGUCGUCGGCAAUAUCACGACGGAGAAAAAUCCUCCUUCAAAUUGGCCUUCUUUUGACUUUUUGACAACGACAAACAAGGAAAUGCUCUUCAACGACGUCUCCGCAAACGUAAAGUACAUUUUUCUCUUUUACGAGAGAAAUUCGAGUCUUCUUGGAUCGAAGCUUAUUUUGGAUUUGCAUCAAGUAAAGGAAGUGCAAUUGAAACGUGUGUCAAUUGAAUCUCCCUUCGUCACGGAAUUCGGGCUUCAUGCAAAUGCGAAACUUGUGGCAUUGAAUCGAGCUCUCGUGCCUGUCGAUUUGAACAUCAAAAAUUCAACCGCAAAAGACGACAUUGUCAAAGCAAUUGUGCAUUUUUUAAAAUCGGAAGGUGUUAAAUUACCAAAAAUGUUGGGAGAACAUCCCGCAUAUACAAUUACGACAACUUCAGCGAACGAUAAUGUCCCGUUGGAGUUCAAGAAACAACAAGAAGAAGCCAUUCGAACGCGUGUCAAGGAGAAUUUGGGCACAGUUUAUCUCGCAGAUCUUGAACAAGUCUUGAGACAAAUUUUGUUUAUCGAAGUUCCUCGUGUCCCGUUGCUCGAAGGAGAGAAAUUAUUAGCACUUCAACGCUUUUUAACAGUAAUCGAACGAUAUUUUCCCUUUAAUGACAACGGAAAAAAAUUUAUUCAAGAUUUGCGAAGUUACGUGAUGAACCGAGAACGCAUCAACGGAAGUGAUUUCGAUGAAAAAGUACCGGAAAUCGCAAAUUUGUACAUCCCAAUCUUCAGUAGCGAUCGUUGGGUUGGAUGUUUGCCCAGCAGAAACGGUUUUCGGCAAUAUCCUUGCGGCCUGUGGACUCUUUUUCAUUACCUCACGGUAAGAGCAGCUGAGAUGGAAACGUCAAACGAUGCUUUAGAAAUACUUCAAGCGAUGCACGGAUAUAUCAAAAAUUUCUUCGGAUGCACAGAAUGCGCGAAACAUUUUCAAGAAAUGGCAACGAGAAAUCACAUUUGGAGUGUUGCCUCGAAAGAUGAUGCUGUACUGUGGCUUUGGUCCGCACACAAUGAAGUCAAUAAAAGAUUAGCGGGCGACGAAACUGAAGAUCCUGAAUUCCCCAAAUUACAAUUUCCAUCGAAUUGUGAUGCGUGUCGCAGGGAACAAAGUAACGUGCAUGGACAUAAAAUCAUCGGCGAAAUCCAAUGGGACAGAUCAGAAGUUUUGAAAUAUUUAAAAGAGAAAAAUUCUCCGGCGAAUUUGGAUUUGCUUGGAGUCGAACAUGAAACGACACUCCCGAGAUUCAUGGCGCAGCACGGAGCAAAUCGCGGAAAUAUCUUCACUGACAUGGAUAUUCGGAUGGGAAUGUUGCUCUAUGUCUCAUGCAUCGCCAUUAUGGUCAUUGCCGUUAAAUUUUUCUUGAAACGUGGAUACCGCAAGAAACUCUACAUCUACGAUAUGCUCGGAAAAGUGUAAAUCUGACCAAAAUUGGACAACAUUCCGCCAACAAAGUGUGAUAUUUCACUUACUCAAAUUACUACAAGACAAAAAAAAAACGAAAAAAAUUCAAGCCGAAAAAGAAAGUGAUAAAAAAAUUACCUGGUUUGUUAUAUAUUUAGUUACAACAAUAAGUUUAACGAGUCAAGUUCACUCUACCGUUACAUAGUAUUCUUGUUUACUCUAAAAAAAGUUAAACUUUAAAAUUCGUUGACAAAAAGUUUUUUGUUAAAAUUUUUGCUACAAAGUAUUUUUUUCUUAAUCAAAGUUGAAUGACCGAAAGUCACCAAAUGUGUUGUUUUAACUGUGCAAUCAAAUUUUUCAACAUUUAUUCUUGACUACAAUUAAAAAAAAAGAAAAAUAUAAAAAAAAUAUUUUUAUAAAUAAAAUAGUGAAUCCGCUUCUUGUCAAUCUUCUUGAUAUUAGCUA